GACAAGAAGGGCAGGACCACCAUGGCGUGGGGGAAUGUGCAGCAGCAACAGACGUUUUCCGAGUAUUGCGCCGCGAAGAAUGUGGACAAGAGCUCCAAAUUAGCAAUGGAGGCAGCGGCUGUUGCGUACGAGGGCCCGGACAUCUACGCCCACACAUUUCAGUGCGAAGGAAUGCGCCACAUGGAGUGGUCUACGGGUUACGUGAUCAGCGGCCGCCGAUACGA